CUUCGACCUCUCUCCAUCCAGUCAUACAGGCAGCAAUGAGGUCUCCAACAGCACAGAGGUCUCAAUGGAUGUCUUCCAGAUGAGAGGCAUGAAUGACUCUGUUAUGGUGAGUGUGCUCAGACUACAAAGUUGAGAGAUAUAUCAGAUAUAAACUUGUUUUCCUCCUGGUGAUUGAGUGGCUUUAGGGUAGGAAAUGGGAACGUAUUCAUAACUCAAACAGAAACACAGGCCACUUCAGCAUCUCCCUCCCUCUACAAAGCCCAUUUUGCUCCUCACCAGCUUGCCUCCCCUCCCCCAGCCUCUUUUUCCCUCGCUUUUAGCUUACUUUCCCUCUCUUGCCAGGCCUUUGUGUGCAGCAGGGCAGGGGCUUGGCAGACGGCUCAGAUGGGGGCUGCAGUGUUAAUUGCAGAGUUUCCUAUUGCUGCAGAACUGAAGCCCCCCUCCAGCUGGAGCCUGGUGCAACCAGGCUGUUCCCACAGGGUGCCAGGGCUGGGGGGGCUUGCAGGGGUGAGGGAGCUCAAAUUAAUGAUCCAGGAGUAAAUAUUUAUAUUGAUCUCAUUGUGAGACUCAACACUGUGCUGCUAAGCUCAAAGCAAGCUGACUAUAGCUUUUGUUAGCUGUCAUCACCAAAACACAUGGCAGGCUGACAUGUAUGAAAAUAAACACACAAAUAAUGUGAGUUACUGAGAACAACAGCCACCCUUACUUUAUUUUCCUUAAACAUGCUGGCUUCAGAUCAUGCAGCCUUUAAAGCCUGACUUAGGAUGCUGCUCUGACCAGUGGCACUGGGGCAUGGGUGCCAAUGAGACCUCCAGCAGCAUUUGAGCUGGGAUAGCUCCAGUCCAAGCUGCUCAUGUGGUUUGUGAAUGCUACUAACACGCAGUGGAAAGAAUCCCCCCAUAGCCCAAACUGGGGUGAAUUGAGGGACAGAGUGGUGGCAUGGCUGGCUAGAAAAGCCCCAUAAGUACAAACUGGAAUGAUCUCAAGGUCACUGCAUCAACACGCUCAAGCCAAUACAACCACCUCAGUCUGUGGUUGAAGGGUGCUGGUCAGUUUUGAUUCCAGCAAUGCUGCAAGUGGCUUUCUGGAAUUAAGCCUGGCUGGGUUUAAUUACAUUAUAGGACCCCCACUCUCCCCUCGGUGGGACUGGCUGGUACAGCCUAGUCCAUCACUGGGCAAGCUGAGGCCUGCCCUGCAUUUUAAUGAAUAGUCAUGAGGGACAGAAAGGGGUGGGCCCCGUUUUGUUGUUGGAUGCAGCUAGUUGACAGAACUAAGGGAGAUGAAAAAAGCAAAAAAGCCAACAAACGGCACACAGGUGGUCAGUGCAGCAUCCCUGGCACUGCCUCCCCAGUCUCACACCUCAUGCUCCGGCACCGCAUCUCCCUGGUUGGCUCCAUCUCCUCCCGACCCCAUGACUCCUCUGGCGGGACGGUUCCCACUUGUCUGUAAAUCCCAAGAAGACUAAAAUGUUGUACAUCAGUGACCAGAUGCAGCAUUAUACCACGUCCCAGUUUAAUUUGCUGAACAACAGCAUGGAUCAGAGCAUCGGCAGCAGAGCAGCCUCCACCAGCCCUUACAGCUCCGAGCACACCUCCAAUGUCCCAACGCAUUCACCCUACUCGCAGCCCAGCUCUACCUUCGACGCCAUGUCCCCAGCUCCCGUCAUCCCCUCCAACACUGACUACCCAGGUCCCCACCACUUUGAGGUGACCUUCCAGCAAUCCAGCACAGCCAAGUCAGCCACCUGGACAUACUCCCCGCUGCUGAAGAAGCUUUACUGUCAGAUUGCCAAGACAUGUCCCAUCCAGAUCAAGGUGUCCAGCCCGCCGCCACCAGGCACCAUCAUCCGGGCCAUGCCUGUCUACAAGAAGGCCGAGCACGUGACGGAGGUGGUGAAACGCUGCCCCAACCAUGAGCUGGGGCGUGACUUUAAUGAUGGCCAGUCAGCCCCAGCCAGCCACCUCAUCAGGGUGGAAGGCAACAACCUCUCCCAGUACGUGGAUGACCCUGUGACAGGACGGCAGAGUGUGAUGGUGCCCUAUGAGCCCCCACAGGUGGGGACCGAGUUCACCACUAUCCUGUACAACUUCAUGUGCAACAGCAGCUGUGUGGGAGGAAUGAACAGGAGACCCAUCCUCAUAAUCAUCACCCUGGAGACAAGAGAUGGCCAAGUCCUAGGAAGGCGAUCGUUUGAGGGACGGAUCUGUGCCUGUCCUGGCAGAGACCGGAAAGCUGAUGAAGACCAUUACCGAGAGCAACAAGCCCUGAAUGAGAACGCAGCUAAAAAUGGCAACGCCAACAAACGCACAUUCAAACAGAGCCCUCAGGCGAUCCCAGCACUGGGGCCUGGCGUUAAGAAACGGAGGCAUGGGGAGGAGGAGAUGUAUUAUGUGCCUGUGCGAGGCAGGGAGAACUUUGAGAUCCUGAUGAAGAUAAAGGAGAGCCUGGAGCUGGUGGAGCUGGUCCCGCAGCAGCUGGUUGACUCCUACAGGCAGCAACAGCAGCAGCUCCUGCAGAGGCAAAACCAACUACAGACCCCUUCCUCCUACGGCCCUGUCCUCUCACCGAUGAAUAAAGUCCAUGGAGGAGGAAUCAACAAGCUGCCCUCUGUCAACCAGCUGGUUGGGCAGCCAGCACAGCACAGCUCCAGCUCAGCACCAAGCCUGGGGCCGAUGGGACCUGGAAUGCUGAACAGCCACCCCAUGCAACCCAAUGGAGAAAUGAACGGGGGCCACUCAUCCCAGUCCAUGGUCUCAGGAUCUCACUGCACCCCUCCUCCACCCUACAACCCCGAUCCCAGCCUAGUCAGUUUUUUAACAGGAUUGGGGUGUCCAAACUGCAUCGACUAUUUCACCUCACAAGGGUUACAGAAUAUUUACCACCUGCAGAACCUAUCCAUGGAGGAUCUCGGAGCACUGAAGAUUCCCGAGCAGUACCGGAUGAUCAUCUGGAGGGGCCUUCAGGAACUCAAGCAGAGCCACGACUACGGGGCCCAGCAGCUCAUCCGCUCCAGCAGCAACGCCUCCACCAUCUCCAUUGGCAGCUCAGGGGAGCUGCAGCGGCAGCGCGUGAUGGAGGCCGUGCACUUCCGAGUGCGUCACACCAUCACCAUCCCCAACCGCGGCGCGGCGGAUGAGUGGGCAGACUUUGGCUUUGACCUCCCAGACUGCAAAUCCCGCAAACAGUCCAUAAAAGAAGAGUUCACGGAGGGAGAGAUCAACUGAGGGUCUCCACAAUGUGAUGGUAGGAGACCGGACACAAAGGGAGUCCAAGGGACGGGCUGGGGGAACCAAACCUCAUGUGAUAAAUGGGUGAAGACUUUCAGCCUUGAGCGCCUGGAGAAGCGUAAUAUUGCUGGGCAGAUCUGGACUGUUGGCUGCGUGAGAAAUACGGCCCCCAUCCAUCUGCCAGGUACUAACAGAGAGGGAAUCGCAGUGGUUUUGUCAGAGGAUUGAUGGAAGGACAGGGUGAGAGCUGCUGGAAUGCAGCACGGAUUCUGCCUGCACACAGCAGAGGAGUCACCUGCUGGUUCAUUUUGUGUUGUGCUGGACGAGCCUUGCAUCAAACAGAUGCGGCGUAAAAUAGCACGUUUUCUGUUAGCGAGCCCUACCUUCUUACCUCUGUUCUGUGUUCUUGGUGGUGUUGAAAACCAGCAGGUCCUGAUGAUGGUGAGAAAAUGAUUUAGCCCUUAUCUGCUCCAUUCCCAUAUGAGUAUCUGCCAUUGACUGACACAAAGCGAGUCUGCUUUCCUGAUGGACUGCCAGGAGACGUGUUCCUUUCAGUUCCUUUUAGAGCAGAAGCCGACCUCGUCAGUUCCAGAUGUGUUCACGUCCUUCAAUGUUUGUGCAUAUCACCAACGCGAUGUACAUACAUACAUACAGUGUAGUCAUUGUGCUG